AUGAAGGAGAAGUCAAAGACAGCUGCAAGGACUCGACGGGAAAAAGAAAAUAGUGAAUUUUACGAGCUAGCCAAAAUGUUGCCUUUACCGUCUGCCAUUACGUCCCAACUGGAUAAAGCUUCAAUAAUACGACUGACAACCAGUUACCUAAAAAUGCGAAUAGUUUUUCCUCAAGGUUUGGGGGAGGCAUGGGGUCACGUGAGUCGGGCCAGAUCUCUGGAUUCUAUGGAUCGAGAGCUGGGAUGUCAUUUACUCCAGACAUUAGAUGGAUUUAUCUUCGUGGUGGCUCCAGAUGGGAAGAUAAUGUACAUAUCAGAGACAGCAUCGGUCCUGCUCGGACUCUCUCAGGUAGAGUUGACUGGGAAUAGUAUUUACGAAUACGUUCACCCUGCGGAUCACGAUGAGAUGACCGCCAUCCUGACGCCCCAGCAGCCAAACUAUUCACACUGCAUCCAAGAGUACGAGGUGGAGCGUUCUUUCUUCCUGAGAAUGAAAUGCGUCUUAGCUAAACGGAACGCUGGCCUUGCGAGUGGUGGAUACAAGGUCAUCCACUGUAGCGGGUAUCUGAAGAUCCGGCAGUGCGGUUUGGACAUGGCUCCCUUCGAUGGCUGUUAUCAGAACGUGGGCCUCUUGGCCGUCGGUCACUCCUUACCUCCCAGCGCCAUAACCGAGAUCAAACUUCACAACAACAUGUUUAUGUUUAGAGCCAGUCUGGACAUGAGACUCAUUUUCCUGGACUCCAGGGUGGGAGAGCUGACUGGAUAUGAACCCCAGGACCUGAUCGAGAAAACGCUGUACCAUCACGUACACAGCUGUGACAUCUUCCACCUGCACUGUGCUCAUCACCUGUUGCUGGAGAAGGGUCAGGUGACGACCAAAUAUUACCGUUUUCUGGCCAAACAUGGCGGCUGGGUUUGGGUACAGAGCUACCUCACCAUUGUCCACAACAGCCGAUCGUCACGACCCCACUGCAUCGUCAGCGUCAACUACGUCCUCACGGACACUGAGUAUAAAGGAGUACAGCUAUCUAUAGACCAGGUCAUGCCCAGUGAGUGUACACGGCCCUAUCCCAGUCCCACCAGUAACAAUAACCACCGCAGGAAAACGGCUCAGUCUGCAGUCUCUCAUCACGCCAAGCGCAAAAACAGAAUGUCCCCCUAUCUUCAGUAUUCCAGUUUUUAUAACGAGCUUUGUGAGUCUGACCAGGACAGCCAAUUGGAUAGCAGCCCUCUGACUGAGCCCGCCUCUCCACAGCUAUUGGAUCAAGAGGAAGGGGCGGAGACUGUGUGUGCAUUCAGACUGCCAGAGUCUGGAUCUCUUUGCUACAGCCUGUCACUGUCCCAGGAGGAGCUUCAGAAGACGCACUCCCUCACACACACAGCCCCGUGUGACCAUACACACACGCAGCUCCUCCUCGGAUGGGGGCAGGUGGGCAGGGAGGCGCGUUGGGGAGCGACGCGCUCAGUGCUGGCUUUUCCCAAAACCACGCUGCAGAACAGAGAGGGUUAUGACAUCACUUCCUACAACAGCCCCAAUGAUCAGUGGGAUGAGGACAGCAUGGCCAGCUCUCCGGAAGGUUCCGGAUCGACCGGUGACUCUGCUGACAGGUACUGUCUCGGUAACGGGUCACUGAACAAGACCCAGCAACAGGUCAUCAAAGAGGAGAAUCGGGGCUUUCGCUCCCAAAGGGGGCCAACGGAGGAUCUUAAUCACAGCCCACGUUACACCCUCUCCAGCUCCUGUGCUCAUCCGCCCGCCAUGUUCUGCCACCUCGCAGCCAAGGCGACCGGUUCCCAUGACAACCGCAGCAGCGUCAGCCCGGCGUCUCGACCGCGCAGCUCCAGCUCGGACAGGAUCUCUGGCGCCACGCCCUCGGCCGCCGAAGGCUCUGCGUCCGCGUCUCCGUGUCUGGGGCUCCAGACGCGCCCCGGUCCCCUGGUGUUCUCUGUCCAGGACAUGACGGGACACACGGCCGAGACUGAGGGGCACAGGGGCCACGCUCUGCUGGGCUGCUUUGGGGCCGGGUACGGCGUGACAUCACACACACAGACAAGGCCUGAGGCAUGUGCAGGGACAUGGUGGUGCAUCCGUCAUCAUCACCAGCGGCAGCUGACCCCUCAGGGCGGCGGAGCGUUGGAAUAA